UGUUGGAGUUGUGUUUGAUUUUGUUUAAAAUGAUCGUGAACGAUAUGCCAACGAUUGGAGAAUGAGUAUUUUAGAAUUGGAAAUUGCUAAGAUUUUCUUAUUCGGAACAUGUGGAAUCGCAAAGUGUUCAUCAGGAUUGUCGAAGUGAUACUUUGCAUUGCCUGUGUAGUGGCACUUAGGGUGACUGACGAUGAGAGUCGAAGAGUGUUUCAUUAUCUGAGAAGUCGUAGCAGAGAAUGGUCACUUUUGACCAACGUCACGUGGGGUGCAAUUGGCGCCGCUCUUGCAACAGCAACUUGCGGUGGUUACAUAAUAAUUACAACGGGUCUUCUUAUUGCUGCAGCGACCGGAGAACUUACUGGUCGAAAGACGGAACUAUUCUUCCUUGGGCUGGGUGUGAUUCUUUUCGGUAUCGUCGGCGCUUUGUCCAUGGCGUCCAUUGAGAACGUCCCUCAAGAUUUGAUAGACAACGCGGCUGUAUUUGGGGCUCUCUGCCUUGUCACAGCGUUGGUUUUCAUCGCUGACCUGCUAAUGAGCACUCCGAAGAAAAAGCACAAGCAAGGGAUAACGGAACGUUUGACUGAUAAAAGGGCCAAACGACAGGUAGCACCGACCAUAAUCACCGAGAAGGAAUCAAAGUCUCCAAAGACAAGCAGUCCAAAACUCUCUAAAAAGGACAAGAAUGGCAACGUAAACGACGGAUUCGACAAAGUGGAAGAGCAAGUUCAGAAAUCCUCUGUUGCAGAGCAAUCCGAGGAUCCUCGAAGAUGGGAACAAGAACGUUCAUCUAGUCAACGUUUGAAAGAUGCGUACAGAGACGAAGAAAACGAGAGUUUCAACAGAGAAGACAGAGAACCGAAGGAGUACACGCAGAAUUUCGAGAACGGAAGAGCUCUCAGAGACUCGCAGAUGUAUCGAGACGCUGAGACGCAAAAAGCGACGAGAGACUCUUACAAGAUGGAUCACAGAAUGGAAAUGCCUACCGUUGUGUACAAGAGUCGGGAUAUUUAUCAACGUCCGAUGGACGAAGUUGACACUCCUCGUUUCCCAACCGAAACGAACAGCAGAAGUGAAUCUGUAUUCGCGAAAAUCAUGAAUCCCGGUGUGAAGAUCAUGAAAGUUGAGCGAGAUGUGGAGGAGACACUGGAGGGUUAUAGAUACUCCGACACGAGUCAGUACGACAAUGUGCCAGUUCGAAUGAGGGGAAUGUCACCGAAAAGUAGGAAAAAGAAUCGCGACGUCUCCUUCAACGUUCCACCGCCGCCAAAGGGUUACGGGAAAGAAUUGGACAGGAGUAAGGACGAUAUAGAGAUGCUGGAGGAGUGUUUUCACUCGCUUCGAACGUCGAGCACAGGAACACAGACGCCUAAUAUUCGAACACCGUCCGCGGCUAAUGAACCUGGAUACGUUCGACACACGGCGAGUAAUUGGCCUCAUGAGAUGAAAACGAAAACGCCGGGUUCGAGCCCGAGUCACGCGAGAAAUUAGCAUAUUUUGCAGAAAAAA